CCUGGCUUGUAGCAACGUUUUCAAAUUAGUUUUAUAUAGUUGGAAAACUAAUGAAAGGUUGUGAAUCUUACAGUUUUUGGUUACAUUUAUUGAAUUUGUGAAGCUACAGCUGCUAGUUUAGCAUUAGCUUGGUGCUGUAGCACAUUGCAUCAUGGGAUUGGUAGUGAGCUUAUAAACCUGCAGAAAAUGGUACACUCCUGUUGUGUUAAGGGCUGCCAUGGCAUCAAGAAUCGGGAGCAACUGUUAGUUUUUCCCAGAAUCGUACAGAUAUAAACAAACACGCCUGCCGAACUUUUACUUUGUAAUGUAAACUUUUAAUUUCUGCAGAGGAAACUUGUUAAUAUAAGUCAACAUGGUGGAUUUAAUAGAAGCUUUAAAGAACAAACUCUGGACGGUGUGAGAUGCCAGUAAAACAUGGAGAGGCAAAGACGCAUUAACCCAAAAGGAGAUGCUAAAUAUCACAUUGAGAAUGGAAAGGACAAAGUGGGAUUUGACGUAAAAUCCAUCAGUGCCUACAAAGGCCGUGGUGUCUUUGUAACUACCUCUUUUCAAAAAGGAGACUUUCUGUUGGAAUAUAGAGGAGAACUGAUCAGUAAGGAGGAAUGUGAGAGGAGACAAAGAGUUUAUCAUGAUACACUUAAAGUGUUUCUGUUUGAAUUCUACUUUGACGGAAAGCUGUGGUGUGUUGAUGCAGCAAAAGAAGAUGGGUCACUUGGAAGACUUGUCAAUGAUGAUCAUGUCUGUCCUAAUGCCAAAAUGAAGUACCUGACUGUGCAAGGGAAGCCCCAUUUGUGCUUGUUUGCUAUUCGAGAAAUAAGCCAGGGAGAAGAGGUAACCUAUAAUUACGGUGACUCAGACUGGCCAUGGAGAUGCAAGAUAAGGACUGAAAAGAGGCAUAGUAAGGUGGCAGCAAACAACGCAAACCAAACUGAUCCAGACCUUGAGCCGCUCCAUAGAAGUGCAGAGGUCUCACCUGAGGCAAUCCAGAGUCAGAUGCCAGAAGACAACCUGAAGCAGACUGAUCCCAACCUGAUUUCUACCAACAGGAAUGCAGAGGUCUCACCUGAGGCAAUCCAGAGUCAGAUGCCGGAAGACAACCUGAAGCAGACUGAUCCCAACCUGAUUUCUACCAACAGGAAUGCAGAGGUGAUUUCUAUUUAAUAAUUAGAUGAUAUAUGUAACUUGUUGUAAGAUGUUAGUCAACCACUCUUGUAAUUAGUGUGUAAGUGUAUCUGAGUGUUAUGUGAUUUACAUGGACACUGGUUUGUCAGGACAGUCCCAAACAGAGGUUUUAAUUUUAGUAAGCCAUCUGUGUGUGGGGGUGUGUGUGUGUGUUUAGUAGCUUUCUAUCCUAUUGUUGUUUAGGAGGACCAUAGUGUUUAUGUGGACAUUCGUAGGUUCAGUGGCAUUAUACAUUGUCCAGCCCAAAAAAUGUCACCACCAAAAGAAAAAGCUAGCUGUUGCACUUAUGCGCAGUGGGCAAUAUUUUACUCAAAUAAUCCAAAUGGCUGUGUACAUGCACGUCAGUUGGAAUGAUGAUCGGACAAAACCACCUCUCAAUUGGAUUGAAACUUCAUUCCGAUCGGGCCGAAUUGGAUCAUAACACUUCGAUUUACAUGUUUACAUGUAGAAUUUUUUAUCUGAUUGGGCGUUCAAUUUAAUUGUGCCCAUGUAAAUGUGGCUACUGACAGUUCUUAAGUCAUAUUUAGUUCCUUAGAUGUUUUCACUGCCCUAUUCAUGCUAAUCAUUUGACCCUUCUCAAAACAGACGAACAUCUUUUACACGACCACCAGAUGUGUUUUUCUACAUGGCUGUUUAAGAAAUGAGAAGCAACUCACUGCAGCAGUUGGAGUUAAAUAACUUGUUGCCAGUUGAAAGAUUAUCGCCCAUGCAGUAAUUAUCCAAUAGGAGGCUCCUCUCUGUUUGCUUAAAUAAAUCUAGGUGGCAACUUCUUUUUUAGGCAAGGCAGUGUGUUUGCAUUCUAAUGCAGUAAGAAUUUUCUACACGUUUUUAUAUAUAGUGUAAAUGUAUAAAAAACAAAGCUACAAUAUGGGAACAGCAGUUUGUCACUAACUUGUAUUGAGUAGCUGAUGCUUGUCUGAUGCAGGUCUCACCUGAGGCAAUCCAGAGUCAGAUGCCGGAAGACAACCUGAAGCAGACUGAUCCCAACCUGAUUUCUACCAACAGGAAUGCAGAGGUGAUUUCUAUUUAAUAAUUAGAUGAUAUAUGUAACUUGUUGUAAGAUGUUAGUCAACCACUCUUGUAAUUAGUGUGUAAGUGUAUCUGAGUGUUAUGUGAUUUACAUGGACACUGGUUUGUCAGGACAGUCCCAAACAGAGGUUUUCAUUUUAGUAAGCCAUCUGUCUGUGGGGGUGUGUGUGUGUUUAGUAGCUUUCUAUCCUAUUGUUGUUUAGGAGGACCAUUGGGUUUAUGUGGACCUUCGUAGGUUCAGUGGCAUUAUACAUUGUCCAGUCCAAAAAAUGUCACCACCAAAAGAAAAAGCUAGCUGUUGCACUUAUGCGCAGUGGGCAAUAUUUUACUCAAAUAAUCCAAAUGGCUGUGUACAUGCACGUCAGUUGGAAUGAUGAUCGGACAAAACCACCUCUCAAUUGGAUUGAAACUUCAUUCCGAUCGGGCCGAAUUGGAUCAUAACACUUCGAUUUACAUAU